CAUCAUGUCAGUGUCAAUUCAGACAAUUUUGUUCCCCCCGAAGAAGAAGCCAUCUGCUGCCCCUAGCAAGCAGAGAUCGAUUCGGGUAUCCAGCAAGAUCAAGUGUGCACCACCCAAACCCCCACCAAUUGUUGACCCAUUGGACCAAAAACGUCUGGAAUCAAUCCUCAACUCGAUUUCCAUCCAAGGUGAUGAAUUACUCUUGGGGGAAGAAAUGUGGCGCAAGAGGGCUCAGGAGAAACGCCUCACUGACAAUUGUCUCACUUCUGUCGGUCGGUCCAAAUCAGUGGCAACCACAUUUCCAACGAUUCAACAGGCUAAAGAAUGGUCUUUUGAGAAAGAAUUUUGGUUGAGCUACAUCCCCUGCCAGCAACGCAUCUGGGAGUACAGCCAAGGCGAUAAGUCCUGGGAAUAUUGGGGUCCUGUAAAGCGACGCCCGAGCGAGGACAAAUUCCUUGAAGAACUCCAAACCGAUCCACGAACGGGGGCAAAGAUUUCACUCGCUCAACGUUGUCGGCGCCAUGAAAGACAAGUGACCUGGGAACAGAAGGUCAUUUCAGAAUAUGAUGGCCGCGUUCUUGCCAAAUUUCCAGUCAUCGGACCCAAACGGAGUGUCAAUAAGUCCCAUCGUGACAAAGGGAUUGCGCAGGCGCAGACGCUAAAUAGGUUCUCGUCCUAUAGGAAGGCACUGAUCAACAAUUUGAUGGACGUACAGAUAGACACGAGGCUACUUGAUGAGGUCAGAGUUCGAGGUUUCAGUCGCAGAUUCCAAGUGGAACAAAUGGAACGUCUCAUUGAAGGCUACACAAACUUGAAGUGGGUUUACGACCUUAACCCUGAACUUGUUGAGAGUCUGGCGCAACAACACCUCAGAGGUCCCGGUGGCAAGCAGUGGAUGAAUUUGUCUCGCGUUGAAGUAAAGAAAGUUUUAAAACUGCUUGCCAACAGUUCUCAAGACCCCAACUUUUGUCCAUACACGUACCUUGGAUCCCAAUCCGAGGCCAGAGUCAUGUCGUCACGAUCUGCUGGGGUUAGUAGUGCUGUUCCCGUUGGUGGAACGCUGCAAGGAUCGGAAUGGACCAAGAAUGCUGGAAGCAGCAAUAAUUCUACCAAGGUUAAGAACAAAAAGAGUGGAAUACGAGCUUUGAAACCGUCUCAGUUAAUGCCACUGCAUGUUCCUGGGCCGGACUCGUUGCAUCAAAAUGUUCUUAUUCGACCCUACACGCCAGAGAUGGAUGGACAACAAGGUAAUGCGGGGAUUAGCAUAUCCAAGACACAAGUUGGAGCGACAGCGGUCAAGGACAAUAAGGGUGCGCAAGAGGAGGAGGGACUCACCAUUGAAAGCUUUGCUCCGUUUUACAAGUCAUAAUUUAUUCAAAUUCCACAUCAAUUUGUA